AUGGUGAAUACAGUUUGGAGCAAGGAAAUUAGAGGAUACAACAUGUACAGGUUUUAUACUAAACUCAGAAACCUCAAACAUGUUCUUAAGAAUUUGAAUAAAAAGCAAUUUAUGGAUAUCAGUCAACAAGUGCUAAGAGCAAAAUCUGAGCUAUGUGAUGUUCAAGAGGAGUUGAAUUCUGACUUAUUCAAUUCAGAGCUGAUAGUAAAAGAGAAGGAUCGCAUCAAGAAAUAUACCAAUCUGCUUGAUUGUGAAAGUUCUUUCUAUAGGCAAAAAACUAACAUCAAAUGGGCAUUGCAUGCAAAUAAGAGUUCUCAGUUAUUUCAUUCAGUAAUGAAAUCAAAGAGGCAUCAAAACAGAGUCUUAUCUAUAUAUACUGAAAAUGGCUCUAGAAUAGCUGAUAUGGAUGGAAUAACAUCAGAAUUUGUUGAAUAUUAUAAAAAACUGUUUGGUAAUAAGAAAACAACUUCUGCUCCUGAUCCUAGAGUGAUCUCAAAUGGCCCAAUUCUUUCCUCUACACAUUGUGCUGAACUAAGUUCUCCAGCCUCUAGAGAUGAGAUAAAACAAGCUCUAUUUAUAAUGUCUGAUAACAAAGCUCCUGGGUCUGAUGAGUUUAAUGUUUCUUUCUUCAAAUCUGCAUGGAAUGUCAUCAAUGAGGAUCUUUUUCUAGCUAUUGAAGAAUUCUUUACCUUAGCACAUGAGAUCAUAAAGCACUAUGGUAGGAAGCAUAACUCCCCUAGAGCUAUUCUAAAUGUUGAUUAA